GCUGGCAAAAAUAGCGUGGUUUUGGCAGUAACUCAUUGAUUUCACUCAUGGCGUUGUGAGUGCGCUCUCGUGUCGUGUGUCUUCUCAUCUCGUGAACUGUCUCGUGACACCCCUAUUCACAACAGACGUCAUCUGGAGGCACUUACACAUUAUCAGAACCAGAAAACCAACUGAACUCCACUUCGCCGACGGAGGAACGGAGAAACUCCCUCUCAGGAAGAAAGCUAUUAACAACCCAGACUCAGACCAUCAGAAAAGCUUGGUUCUUGCUCAUUGUCAUUCAGCUGUCCCUCUUUUUGUGUUCGUAGCUGGUUGCUACCAUGAAAUGUCUUUUGCUAAACUCAGUUUUGACCUUUCUUGGUAAGCAUACGCCUACUAGCUUUGGUGAAAGUGUCAUUAAUAAUGUAGUGGAGUGAAAUGUAAUCCAGAGAUGCACACAUAAGAAGUGGAUGGCUUCUGUGGGCAUGGAAGAAGCUAUGUUAAUGAGGGAUGGUGAAGAAGUGAAGGUGGGGAUUGUAUUAAAUCCAAUCUCAGGUGGGAGUGAGAGCGUCUUCAUUAAUGAAGACGGACAAAAUGUAGACUACGUAUCGAAAGAAGAGAAACUCCAGUCUUUCUCGUUCGACCAAGCUGUGACUGUCGACAACAUGCAGAGGUUCCAGCAGGAGCUCCUGCAGCCCCUCACUGAGUCCAUAUGUGAAGGCCACAGUGGAUCGCUGCUCUUAUGCGGAGCCUCCAUGGAGAACAUCAGCACUCUGAUUGACCAUGUCAUCGUUAAGCAGGUGUUGAUAAAUGUAUUGAGUCGUGUGAUGUCACAAGUGAAAAGGGAAGUAUUCAUCUCAGUAUCCUUCCUCCAGUUCGAUCCAGACGGGAAUGGUGUGGACCUCUUGAGCCCUGAGUCCAACAGUCCAGAACUCGUCCUUCAUCCGGUCCUGGGAAUCGUAAUCAGCGAUUUAAGCGAGGCGUGCGUGGGCUCUGCGGAGGAAGCUUACACUGUGUACAAGACAUGCAGGGAAGCACAAAAGGCCAAUGAAACGUUACGCUGCGGUUCACUGCUGUUCACAAUGACUGUGGAAUGGAAACUCCAUACAGGUGAGGCGGACUUUCAGUUUUGCCGCAGCAGGCUGCAGCUCUUCAACCUGGUGGGCGGAGCUUGCAGGACUGACCCCAAAGGGGUGAACCCGUUGUUGAAGGUGGUGCAGCAAAUCCAGAGUGAAGCCGCUAAAGCAGACCUGCUCUUGCCUUUGCUUGUACGUGACGCACUAACAGGAAAUAGCAGGACGGCUCUCAUCUACUGCAUCCAACCUCAAGGUGAUGUGGACGGUGAGACUCUGUCUGCUUUAUCUUUGGCCCAAAAGGUCAACCAUCUAUCAACAAAGGCCGCCGUGUGUCGCUGGAGUCCUCGUGAAGCUGAGCAAGAGAUUCGAGGCCGCAUUACGGCGCUGAGACGUGUGAUGAUGUCAGAGGCAGGAAACGAGACGCAUGACACACGCAGGCUGGCUGAGCUUAUAAAACACCUGCAGAUUGUCAAAGAUCAGUCGUGGGAGAAGAGGAGGAAAGAAUCAGAGAGGAUUCAACUCAAGCUUAAUGGGGCUCAGUGCCAAGCGGACAGACAUUUAUCUGAUAUUGAACCCAGAGAGAGUUCAGCCACCGUGAAACGCUUCCAGGAAGAGCUGAAACAGGAAAUGGAAGCUCAUAUCAAAGAAGACAGAGAGAGUGCAGAGAAAGUCCAGGAGAGGCUAACAAAGAUCCUGCAACUGAGGGAAGCACUCAGAAAGAACACAGAGAAGAACAUAUCUGCAGUAAAAUGUGACCUAUGUCUCCAAUUGGAAGAGCGCCAUGCACAUGGGCGUAGGAGGCAAGUGAAGGAGCUCAGCGGGAGAUUAAUUCAGCAGGAGGUGGAGAAGAUGGAGAAAGACUUGGCGAGGGAGCAGCUUCCAAGCGAGGGGCCGCAGAGAGAGCUGCUGGUGCUGAGCAGAGAGAGGCAGGUUCUGGUGCUGCAGAUGGAGGCCCUGCGAGCUGAGGCCCAGCAGGCCCAGAAGGCUCUGCAGGACCAGUAUGACGUGCACCAAAGCGAGAUGCAACAUCUGACGGAAGAGAGCCUGCAGGUGUUCAGGAGGUUCCAUGAGUCAAGCAAGGAUGUGAGGAGGAUGUCAGAGGUCAGAUACAGAAGCGUGCUGCUGGAGGCGGUGCAGGAUGCCGUCUACCUGUCUGCUCAGAACCAGCAGCUGCAAGCUGACAACAAACGACUGCGUCAAGCUCUGGGAGAGCUGAAGGAUACUCUAACUAAGAGAGGGCCUCACGCUGCUACAGUAUUUCCCUCAAAACAUGACUGAAAGAGGCUUGAUGACCCAAUGAAAGUACAUGGACAUUCACUGGACAUGACCAUUUCUUUUGAUCAGCACCUGCUCAUCGUUUUACAGUAUUUGUAUUUGUCAGGCAUGGCUUUACAUUGCGAUAAGUAAUAUACAAGCAUAAAUGCCAUCAAAAUAAAAAUACAGUAACUUGAGUAUGAAACACAUAUACAGUACAUCAUUAAAUAGUCUUCAUUAAGUACUUUCAAUAUAAUUAUUUGCAAUUAUAUUUCACAAUUUAAUUGAUGGGCAAUUAGAAAAUAUUUCACAUUUUAAUUCAUAUUUCAUGUGAAUAUUGUAUAUUAUUGGUGUCCAAAGUCUUUGGCAAAUACAAUUAAAACCCAGCAAAGAUGGAAAAAUACAACAAAAAGGCUAAAAAAAACGAAAAAGCUGACAUGUUAAUACCAAUAACACAAAGCUUUGGCUUACAAUAAAUAUAUGCAUAAUAUAUAUACUGUAUAUAUGUAUAUGGCUAUUUUACAAAAUAAAAAAUAUCAAGGUUUUUCAGUAUGCAGCACUUCGUGGAAAAAGUUAGGAUACCCCUGGUGUAUAUUACUUAAUUGGCUUUAUGUUUAGUUCAUUUUUUAACAAAAAAAUACUCCAAAGAAAAUAGUACUCUUAAAACUGACAAAUACUAUUUAUUUGCAUUGUUUUUCAAAAUGACUUUAAACGCCAUAACAUUAGUCAUCAGUGAUGCAACGAUGAAAAAAGUGAAAUGAAAUGAAAGCAACUCUACUGGACACCUCAUUAGGUACGCAUGCACAAUCUAAUGAGAUCAAUUCCAGGAGCUGUUUGAAAUAUUCUUCCUUUAUCCAUCCAUCCAUUUUCUAUGCCGCUUAUCCUCACUAGGGUCACGGGUAUGCUUGAGCCUAUCCCAGCUGACUUCGGGCGAGAGGUGGGGUACACCCUGGACUGGUCGCCAGCCAAUCGCAGGGCACAUAUAGAAAAACAAUCAUUCACACUCACAUUCAUACCUACGGACAAUUUUGAGUCGCCUAUUAACCUAACAUGCAUGUUUUUGGAAUGUGGGAGGAAAUCGGAGUACCCGGAGAAAACCCACGCACGCAAGGGGAGAAGAUGCUAACUCCACACAGAGAUGUCUUCUUUUAUUUAAAAAAUAUAUAUAUUAAAAAUAUGUUCACUACUGUUCUUGUAGGUGUGGCAGUUCCUAACAUUGAGGUAUUUAGCUACAUGGGAGAGGCGCAAUAUGAGACAAUGGGGUCCUGUUAUAUCACUGCUACACCUCAAUAACAAACAUGAAUGAAUUAAUGCAUCUUUGUCAAUCCAAAAUAAAAUAGAAAUGAUCAUAAAAGAAUUGUACAGUCAUACGUAAGUCAGUGGUCAGUGAGAAUACUGUAUAUGAGAUGUAAAAGGCAUGUCAAAUUCCACUCUUCACAUUCACGAGAGCGCAGGAUGAAAAGGCAAGAAGGAAUAUUCAAACAUUUCAACAGUGAUGGCCGUUUACAUGAUGACUUCACUAUGUAUAGUAAAGGUAAGCUGCCAGGCCGACCAUGGAAACGGGUAGAAGAAAGAAGAAAGUGAGCUGCAGCCCUAAGAAGGCCCACGACAACAAAGCAUUGACCAGCAUGGAACAGGAGAUGACGAAUAGUCGCGUGAUGCCGCUGCCGUGUUUCA